CCAGUGCGGGUUGUGUACUUUCUCUGCUUGUACUGUCUUUCUUUGCUUUUGCCGAUAUCCUUUGGGUUGUUGAAGGAUUAUGGAAAGACUGGAUUUUUCCUCCUGAAUAGAUCUUGGGUCGUCCUUGGCUGCUGUCUGACCUGAGUUGUGAUAUGCCUAAAAAAGAUUUAUGGGUAGGAACAUCUGAUCCAGAUCCUGCAUCAAUUGUUGGCAGUGCAGGCAGUUGUGACAGCAUGAUCAGUAACGAUUCCAGCUCAUCUGAAAUGAAUGACAGUGGUUAUGACUUUCUGUCCGUGGAGGAAAAAGAAUGUCUUAUGUUUCUUGAAGAAACAUUAGAUUCUCUGGAUACUGGAGCAGACAGUGGAAUUUCUCCGAAUGAGACUGAACCUACGGGGUCUUCCAGACACCCACGGACAUGGCCUACAAGAGAGGUUCCCAAAGAGCUGGAUCAUGAAAACCUUGGGAAGCAGCGAAAAAUAGAACUGAAAGAUAACAAAUGUGUGUCUGAUUCUGUUUCAAGUCCAGGCCACCAUAGUCUUCCAAGAAACAUCUAUGUCAAACAGUCUCCUCUAAUGCCUAAGGAUUCCUUUGGUAAAGCAACAGAGUCUAAUACUGAAAAUCUGAAAGACCUCCCACAGAUAUGCCUGACUUCACGGGAGUCUCCUAAACAUGAGACACAGUGUUUACAGAAUGAUGAAGCAAAGGUGAAUACAGGGGUAAAGGCCUCUGAUUUGGAAUCUGUACUCAUUCCCCCACCAGAACCAUUCCAGGACCAUUCCAGAAGAGGGCAAGAGCCACCACAUCAUAAUAAGGUUCCUGAGAAAGAUGCUGAAAGUAGGAUGAAACCUCAGUUUGCAGUUAGGAGUGCUGAUAUGUUGGAGAGACAUGAGACUGUAGCUGCCCAGCAGAAGCUUUUGUCAGACAGGAAAGAAACUGUUAUAAAACCUUUGUCUCCUAAAAAUAUCAAGAAGAAUUCUGAGCAAAUGAUGGAUGGUCAAGAAAAUUAUAAAAACCCUGCCCUGGAAGACUCUCUCCAAGAUUCCAACUUUAAGCAAGGGCCUCCUACUGCCCCCAAACCCAGAAAGCUGCCACCCAAUAUUAUCCUCAAAACCAGCAAAACUAAUGUUGUGUCAUUCAAUGUGGAUCCGAAUCACAAGAUAAAAGUUCUGUCUCAAUCCAGCGGUAGACCUAGAGCAUCAACUGGUGACUUUUCCAUGGAAAAGCCACAUUCUCUUCAAAAAGAACAGGAAAGAGCGAGGAGAGAGGCUCUUGAGAAGCUGGGACUUCUACAAGAUAAAGAAAAAGGUCCAGAGGAUCAAGUGACUAAAGCCUCCUCCUCCUCAAAACCAAAAGAAACUUCUAGGACUAGCAGCAGGGAGAAUGUAAAUAUAGAUGUCACUCCAAAUAAGGGACCUGAACAGCAGCAUAACCAGGUUGAUGGGAAAGGAAUCUACCCAGUGGAGAAAAACAUCCAAGGUGUCAAACAGGCAAAUUUCAAAUCCAACACAUUGGAACGCUCAGGUGUGGGUCUGAGCAGCUCCAUCUCUACUGGCAAGGAGGGACAGAACAUUAAGAAUAGUAAUUCCACUGGCAAAACAUCCUUUUUGGAGAGGAUUACUCCAAAUUUCCUCAGAGGUAGCCGGCCACGCCCAGCUUCCCUUGGCACGGGAAAAGACUUUGUUGACCUGAAGGAUAAUAAAUUGCAUGAUGUUUUGCGGGAGAAGAGUGAUAAGCGAAAAUCUUACCCACUUCAGCAGCCUUCUAAGCUGCCCAGGCCACCUUGUGUCAGUGUGAAAAUCACCCCUCAAGGAGCUGCAGAAGAGCACAGAAAGGAGGCUCUAAAAAAACUUGGCCUGUUGAAAGAGUGAGCCAAAUAAUAGGUUUCCUACAAAAAGACUAUAUGCUCAUUUGUGGGCAAUAACUUUGGUCAUUCUCAUCUCUGCCUGCAUCUGAAAAGGGAAGGAUAGUAGCAUAGGCUGAAUGUACUAUGGUUUUGUCUAGUGUUAAGGCAUGUUUGAUAGGUUAACCAGCACUGAUUUCAUCUGUUGGCAGGAGGACUAGCAUCUCACUCAGAUUUUGUUUUUAUCUCUAUCUCUGUAGAGGUGAAUUCUGCCAUUUUAAAUUCCACUUCACACCAAGUAGAAAUGUUCCAUUUGCAUAAGGUGUGCAUUUUGUAUAUAGUGUAUACAGAUAUUGCUAUUUGUAUGUUACCAGGUAUAAUAUUAACUAGAAAUGGAAUUUACAUACUUUCUAAUUAGUAGAGAAAACCCAGAAAUGUAGAU